CCUUCUUUACAACCGCUUUCUCUCGCUAGGGCUCCGGCGGAAGAACCCGCCAAAAGAAACCCUAAAUUUUACUCUGAUUCUGCCAUAAAUUAGGCUCUGAAUUCAAGCAUACAGAUAGAAGAUGGGAGGAAAGUGCCCUCACAGAAGCGUCAAGAAGCGGAGGUACUCCCAUAAGACCGCUCGGCGCACGAAAUUCCUCGUCAAAGGGGAUGAUAUGGUUUACGAUGAGUUGAAGAAACCCGAUGUGGAGAGGCCUUCUCUGCCUGUCGAUGAAGAUUUGCCUGGAAUGGGGCAGUACUACUGCUUGCACUGCGACCGAUACUUUGCGAAUGUGUCUGUGAGGGACGAGCAUUUCAAGACCAAGCGUCACAGGAAGCGUAUGAAACUAAUGACGGGUCCUGCACCCCACACACAGUUGGACGCCGAGUUAGCUGCUGGGAUGGGCAUGCCCGAUAACGGUCCGAAGCUUAUGUCAAUGUGAGUUUAUCAUACGAACUCCUUAAAGAUUUUUGGUGUUGUAAAGAGUUUAGUGUGAGGUUAGUUUCUUAUUUACACCAACAGGUUCAAUUUUAUUAAACUAUUUAUGUAUGCCCAUGUAUUUUAUUUGCAGAAUUCUUUCUAUUAGUUAAUUUUAGCUUCAUAUUUUCCAUUA